UUCCUCAAAAUAGAACAUUCCCUCCUCCAACCAUUCAAGGCUACCUGAUCAAGCUAAAAGAGAUCUGGGGGGUGUUAAACACUUCAUGGCUGACUAGUUCUACUAUGUACUGUACAAAAACUACGUGUGUUACCUCCCCACGAACUGUGAUUUUUUUUUCUUCUUUCAAAACUAUAUCAAUGACAAUGUCGCCGAAGCGACAGUCCGGAGAAGAAGAAAAAAUAUUGCAGGGUUAAAGGUCAGGUAUUAGAGCAGCUACCUGUUCGGUGUCGUUCAGCCAGAGUGGCCGUCCCUUGUUGAUAUCAAUCUACCAACGGGGUUGCUUAACUAUUUUGAGUCUAGCCUGUCAUUUUUUGUUUAAAUCAAGUUGAAGUUCUUUCGUCUGGAGUCUGUCGUGUGUGUGUUCAUUUAUUGUUUAAGAUGUGUGUGCAUUCGUCAGGAUUUAUCCGAUGUGUCAAUCUUAAUCCAUAUAAGGCUGUAAGUGUUAAUCAAAAUUAAAGUUGCAAAAGUUGUCUGAAGUUUGAAGUUUUUCAAAAGUAAUGCCAUGCCUCUGUCGGAUCGAACCGUUACCCCCUUACGAUUGGGGCGUAGGAAACUCUCUGAGGAAGAACAACACGAAGACAUAGUCCUUGAUGCUGUCUGUCAGAAUGUUGUUCUUGGAGCCAUUGUCCAGCUGGCCAGUUUGGUCCGUCACGCAGACGAUAUAUUCUGUGAUUUGGCAGAAGAAUGUCAAAAUGUGUUCGAUAAGGUCGAAUCGAUCGGCGGCAAGAUUCAAAAUAUUCAGAGGAUUAUAGAGCACCUGGACUCGACAGAGGUGAAAAUACCUGUAGGAACCCUCAGGCAAUUUAGUAAAGUGACUGACCAUCAUGUGGCCAAACAUGGAUUUGACUGUGACCACUUCACUCCCAGCAACCGGCCACACUCCAUCAAAUUCAACUACUCACUCUGUGAGCUCACUCCAGUGCAUGCGCUCCGGGGGGUGGACAUGUAUAGGAAGGAUGGCCUCUGCAGUUCUCAUCUCUUCAAGCUCUGGCCCAUUGCGCUGAAGGAUUCUGGUGUUGCAGUCGAUGACCUGGACUUACCCAAGGUGUUCUCAUCCCCUAUGUCAGUCAAAAGAAGAUACAAACCUUUAAAAAUUCAAAAACAGAGAAGAAAGACCAUUCAGAGCAUUGAUGAGAUUUUCCAAGAAACUUCAUGUGGAGAUCUUCAGUCCAGUAAAUCAGAGAAUAUGUCCAAGUCUCAACCAACACUUGUCCCUGUUGACACCUCAGGGGCUGGAUUUCAAAGAAUGGCUUCCUUCAGGAGGUCCAUGAAGGAAGAAGAGAUAAUGAGUGAGAGAGACAAACAGAAGAGGAGGAGGAGGACUGUAACUGGAGUGCCAGAGAAUAUCAUGCAGGAAAUUGAGCAGUUUGAAAGAGGUCGACAGUUAAAUAAAGACCGAACACGAAAUUAUAGUCUGGAUGACCUUGACCAGAAAGAUCUUGAUGCCAAAGAUGAAGUAAUGCAGCAGUACCUCCAAGAAAUUGAGUCAGCCAUUGCCGAGAGAGAAGAGGAGGAAUAUGCCAUACAGAAAGAAGCAAAGCUGCUCAAGUUUUUGCCCUGCCGGCGUUCUCGUUCUCUUCCACGCUGUAUGAAACUUAUAUCAAGCUCUCACAAGGAUGGCUUGACACGAUCAUCUCUCUACCUCAAAAAACACCAGAAGGGCCAGUCUGAUGAGUUUAAAUUGAAGCAGUCUAGCGAAGAUAUACAUAGCAAGUUUACCAGUAGCCUUAGUUUGGGUAGCCAGAGGUCAGCAAGGUCAUCUAAAAGGUCAAGCAUCAUUGGGGAGAAAAUAAAAUCUUUGGUGAGCAACACUCUGAAGCCACGACCAAAGUCCAUGGACUUUGAUUUGAUUGAUAAUGAAGAGUCCAAGACUAAAAAUAACAGCUCCAAAACAUUAGCCAGAUCUUCCAGUUUAACUCAGACAAACAUAGCAAGCAUGCCUGAAACCACCAUGUCUAGGGCUCCAUCCAGCGAGUCGCAGGUUGGACCAGGUACUUACUACUAUUUCAAUCACACUUUACCAAGAGCCCAAGCUAAAAAAUAUGACUUCCCAUGGGACUCGCUGCCUAAAGACUGGACAACAUCUGUGAAAUUGAGAGAAAUUUCAAAAAGGAGAAAGGAAGAUCGCCAAAGUUCCUCUGGUAACUGGAGUCAGAGUGGAUAUAGCAGCAACAGACAAUCCCUUGAGUCUGAUACUAAGUCAAGUCACCUGUCAACAACAUCACAGUAUUCUCUUGGGAAAGAUUCUGGUAGAGAUUCUAUCAGAUACUCUGUAGAAAGAGAUGGACUGGACACUGGCUACAUGGGAGAUGCUGCCAGCAAUGAAUCUAUUUCUGAUACCAAGUCCAUGUCCAACACUGAUAGUGACGAGUGGCUUCGAUCCCUUGCAGAGAGGGCAGCUAGCAGAGAGGAUGUCACUUCAACCAGUGCUGAGGCUCUGGCAAACCUGUCAAGGCUAACCAAACAAAAUAUUAGAAAUUUAGAUAUUUUGGUGCCUGGGAGAAAGAGUUUUCAUCGCAAAAGAAAUAACUUUGAAGACGAUGGAGAGUCGUCCGUGUAUUCUCUGGAUACUGAAGGAUUUUACACAUCGUUUCACAGUGAUAGUGGAUUGAAGAGGAGCACCACCACUUUGUUGGAUGAGGAUGACAUUGAUGACAUGGUCACACCUGGACUUAGGGAUACCAAAAGUCUCCAGAGCAUGGUCAGCUACAAUGUUUUGGAAGGUGCCUUUUUCAAAACCUUUGAUGAUGAAGGGAGUGACACUCUGACCUCUGCUUCCUCUAUUUCUGCCCCAAAUUUGUCAUCAUGGGCUGUAAAAAAAUCAGAGGAACACGCCUUAAAAGAGAGAGCAUCAGUGAUAGAUGAUGCAUCUAAAAAUGGGAAUGUCGCGAAGAAGGGUAAGAAGGCUCCACCCCCUCCACCUAGAGUGUCAAGCAUGGGGAUAGCAGGCAUAAAACCUGACAGCAAUGAAUCCCUCAGGGUCAACUCAUUGACAGAAAACAAUGAAGCAUCGCCCGAGUCUUCAGAUCAUGAAGUCAUCUACGCCAGGUUGAAGAAGAAGACAAACAUUUCUGUCCACGGCUUCCCAUCUUGGUGUGUUGGAAACACAAGUGAUGAGGAGGACACCACAGCCAAGAAUGCUCUCAGCGCAUCACAAGAACGACUCUGUGCUGAAUCUUCAGAGGUGGAAGCAAUGUUUUCAUCUGGAAAAGAAUCCUGGCUAUCAGGGACCCUUCCACGAGGUCAGACCAGCACCACCAUACAGUCAACUGAAACUACCAACUCUUGGCCAAGAAUUAAGCGACCAUUCAGCCUUCAGGCAGGAAUCCUAAAAACUCCGGAGAAGGACAAAGUGAAGAUAUCUGGCAAUCCUAAAACCUUAAAUUUUGACCCUGUGGUGAGUCUCUUUGAUGCCCAAUCCCCACACAGUGUUCAACUCCCUUUGUCUCGGCUGUCUUCAUCUGACGAGAGUGCCUCCUCACCUACCAAUGACAUGUCUUCACUAGUCAGUCAGAAUAAUACUCCAUCCAAUACCAAGCCACAAAACUUAUCAGAUGACAAAAAGUUAAAUGAAAGCAUUUCAAAGUACCGUCCAACUUUUUCACCCAUUUUAGAAUCAAAAACAUCAAUGGCUAACACCACAAUUCAGAAGAACAGUUUAUCAUCAGAUGAAAAUGUUUUGAUACAAACUUCUCAAGAAAGAAAUUCACGUGGCCAGCCAGAUGUUUCCACCUACUCCAGUGACCUGUCUACCAUACAUUCCAUAUCUUCCUUGUCACUCUCAUCAUUUGACAGUUUUGAUAUGUCACCAACAGCACCUCUUUUUAAGCAAAAAAAAUCCAAUGACUCUUUGAGCAGCAGUACCAGCACAAUAGCUCUGUCUGACAUUGACACCACCAGUCUGACACAUGUAACAAUGGUGGAUGGGUUAUCCCUGUCAGGUUCUUCUACAUCUUUGAGCUGGGACAAUGAUUACACUCCAAACACCACGCCACUGAUAACACCCAUCAGAAAGAAAAGUGCUAACAAUGUGCACAAUCAUGACUCUUCUGUGAACAGCUCCUUAUAUAAUUACAAAGACACUAUGGUUGAGAGUAGCCCAGUUGUAAAACUGUUACCAAACCCAGCAUCUGCAUCAUCAUCUUUCAACUUGGAUUCAACAGCAGCAUCACAGUCCAGCUCAGAACAAAGUCUUUCUGUUGAACAAUUUUACAAUCCAAGUAAUCAAGUUCUCUCAGGAAGCCAGAAAAACUGUUAUGUUAGCAGUGAUAGAAAUAACAAUAAAACUGUUUCCUCUCAUCAGCCUGCCAAAUCUCAGUCUACUUCAUCUCUAGGUCAGGAGAAUUCCCACAUCAGCCAUUACCAUACAAAUGAUCAAAACAAAUUAAUUAGUGAGCCUCAUCAGAGGAUGUCAUACUCUGGAAAAGACAGAAGAAGGAGCACUCCUGUCACAAAUAAUAAUAUCAGCCAUGAGUCAAGCACUUCUGCUCACAGUGGUAAUGAGAGUGGGGGUUCCAAUGGGAGCUACAAAGAUGUAGUCAGGAGGCGAAGGAGUGGCACUGAUGUGUACAGCCCAGCUGACAGUGGCUUCGGCUCUCCUUCCAAAACCCUCCAGUUUGGCUACCCACCCAAUCAAGAAUUGAGUCUGAAUUCUCAACAGAAUUCAAAAAUGCCUAAAAUCAAACAAACAUUCCACUCUGACUCUAAACCUUACAGCAUUCAAAAAUCCACCAAUGAUAGUAAUUAUGCAAGAUCAGAUUAUCCUGUUAAAGCUUUAAGUUCGAUCCCUAGCCAAUCAGAAGAGUCACUGACUUCUCAGUUUUCUGUCAGCUCAACUAAUCAGUUGAUUGGGAAAGUACUGAAAACUGAUUUGUCUCAGCCUGUUCUACACUCCAGUACUUCAAGUGAGUCUCUUCAGUCCAGCAGUUCUGCUGGACGUUCUGAUUCCUAUCGAGUCGCCUUGUUGGAAGAAACUGAUCAGUUGAAGUUAGUUAGCAAAAAAAACUCAAGAGCCCAUAGCUCUGGGAGUUCUAUAAGUGCCAUGAAACCCAAUGAUGCUUUAGUACGUUUUGCUCAGUCUAGAGCACUGACAGUCCCAGGACCAACCUAUGGUGAAGAUAACAUUAGCCGGGCUGAUUCCUAUAGAUGUGCUGUGGGUAACACCAUGGGUGCUCAGGUGGGAGACAUUGCCAACAGGAACAGCUCCUAUCGACUAGCAACAAACGAAGAGGACAUCAUUAUCACAGACAACAGGAUGGAUUCCUGCAAUCUAUGGACUGGAAAAACUGGCGGCACCAGGGAUAUCAGACGGAUGGGGAUCACAGAUAUAGAUCAGUUGAAGCAGUAUAAAAAUGACACAGACAACAGAAACAGCAGUAACACUCUUCACGCCAAAAAAAUGUUGGGUGUAAAGAAAGAGACAGAUCCAGGCAAAGCUUCACCUUCAGAACAAAAGAAACUUCUGCGACAGACCAGCAAAGACAGAGCCAAGCAGCAAAAGACACAGUCCUCCACUUACAUCAGAUUUGAUCCUAUAUUUGAAAGUGGGGAAGAUCUUAGAGCCUCCAGUGAGUCCCUCCGCCCUCCAUCCAUAGUGACCCUUAAAACUUUAGCUUCUACUGAGGAGUACAAUGCUAUGCUGGCAGAAAGUGCUCAGGCUGUUGCCCAAAGGUCUAGGUCAUCAUCACAAACUAGGCAGCGUUCCCUUUCUCAGGGAAGGAAAUCUUCAGAAGAAAAGCCUGGUCUGACAAUAUUCAAUAGCAUCAAGACCACUUUUAAAUCAAUUGGUGGAAAAGACAACACAAGUAAAUAAAUAAAAUCCUUGUUCUGCAAGUCAAUAAGUCUCAAACAGAGCAGUAUUUCUAAUGUUUCAAUCUGCAUUAUUAAAAACUGAUAAUAAUACAAAGAUGAUUUCUAAAUAGUCACAAAUACAAGAAGUUUCAGUCUUGUUAUGGAUUAGUAGAAUGCCAUUGGUUAAUUUGCUGAUUGCCACUAAUCGAAAAGUUUUAUUUUGUUACAUGUAGGCCCAAGAGCAUUUUUUUUUGUAUUUAAAUGGAUUCUUCUUUUAUGUCUUUAUAGUCUACAAUUCAAAGGGUAAUGGACUAUUUACAUUUUAAAUACCUUUUUUUUAUAUAAUUUAAGUAGCAUAUUUUGUUACAAUAACUUGACAUAACUGACAUCAUUUUAAUGGCUCUAUUCUUAUAAAGGUAAUCAAAAGUCAUUCAAGACAAAUCUAAUUCUUUAGGAUAUACCUAAUUAUUAGUAAUCUAAUUUAAUAUGUGUAGGUCUACCAUAUUACAGAAUGUAUAUAUAGCCUAUAUAUAAUUGAAUUCUUCAUUAUUAUGUGCCUAACAUGUCCACAUAUUUUUGAAAUUUACUGUCCACAAAAUUGACAGGAAACAAAUUACUUUCUUGAUUGCUACAUUUUUUAAAUUCUCUGUCACUUUUUCUAAAAAUGUAUUCUUGUUGAUUUCCUUAUAAUGUCCUUUUGGUGAUUUUCACUUUUAAUAAGUCUUUGUCGCAUCUAAGUAGACUUAUGGAGCAUCAUAUUUAGACUUAUCAUCAUCAGAUUUAGACAUAUCAGCAUCAGAUUUAGAUUUAUCAGCAUCAGAUUUAGACUUAUCAGCAUCAGAUUUAGACUUAUCAGCAUCAGAUUUAGACUUAUCAGCAUCAGAUUUAGACUUAUCAGCAUCAGAUUUAGAUUUAUCAGCAUCAGAUUUAGACUUAUCAGCAUCAGAUUUAGACUUAUCAGCAUCAGAUUUAGACUUAUCAGCAUCAGAUUUAGACUUAUCAGCAUCAGAUUUAGAUUUAUCAGCAUCAGAUUUAGACUUAUCAGCAUCAGAUUUAGACUUAUCAGCAUCAGAUUUAGAUUUAUCAGCAUCAGAUUUAGACUUAUCAGCAUCAGAUUUAGACAUGUUUCACAUUUUUACUAUUUCUUUUUUUUUUAAGCUGAAAGUUUAUUUAUUUAAGAGGCCAAGUUGAUGAGAUGAUGCACACAGAUUUAUUGAUUUUUCGGUAUAAAAAUAAAGUCUAGAGAGUAGCAAAUGGUACCUCAUGACUUUGUUUUUCGCAUCAAAAGGGCAGUAAAUAAGGGAAUCUACAAAGUUAUAAAGCUUAAGAUUCUAAGUAUUCUUAGUACUCUGUCUUGUGGCACAAAUUUCACUUGCCAUGAUAUGAAUUAUUCAUCUUAAUUGUACUCCUGAUGAAUGAUUAUCUGUUUUGACACGUGUGGUGAUAGUUUUUCCUACCUGCUACUCAAGUGGCCCUCCAUUAGUUUGUCAUUCUUUUCAUGUUUCUAAAAAUCAGAAUCAGACUUCCAAUUGUACAUGAAUUUUACUUACUUUUAAUGUUUUUCAUUUUCAUUUGUUUUACAUUGUGUGUCAACAUUUUUAUUCUCCUCCUAUUGUUCUCCUUACAGUUCAAUAAAUCUCAUUGAAAUGUUUGCAAUGUAUUCUUCAACUAUGAUUCUGAUGUUUUAGUAUGCUCAAAAAGGCAGCUGCAGUUUUCAACAUGAGGCCAUCUCUUUGAGAUUGUACCCAUAGUUUAAUGUCAUGCAUUCUUAAAAUUUAAUUAGAUUUCAUUUGUUUAGAUGUCAUGUCUUUUAUUUAUUAGCAAUCUGUUGUGUACAUAACAUGUUAGAAAUCAAAAUUCUUCCACUGUCAGAGUGUAGAUGUAGAGUGAAGGCUUGUAUUCAGAUUUAAAAAGUUUUUUCUUAUCAAGUCAUUGUAUAUAGUACAUUGAUUGCCUGGAUAAAAGAGCUUGAUUUUAAAUCUGGUCAUAUUUUUAACAAAUGUAUUUUACUAUGAAAUGUGAAUGUGUUUUAUCAUAUUUACACAUUUUCUUUAAUGCAAUUGUCACAUACAUUUUUUAAAUAAUCUUUUUUAGUGUAAUAACAAUCCUCAUUAAAGCUUAUAAUGCCGUGAGAAAUUUACAACAUUCCAUUUUUAGCGCCCCCCGAAAGGGAAAAAAGCCAUUAUUAGUUUUGUGUGAUCUCUCUGUCUGUCUGUCUGUUCAUCUGUUUAGAUUACAAAAACUAGAAAAGUUAUUGGCAAUCCAAUAACAUGAAAUUUGAGCUCUGGUGCAAAGGUUACUUUUUUUUUUUCUGAAAGCAAAUGUUUUAAAUUAAAUAUGUAGGCCUUAGCAGUUUGUUUUUUUUAUCUUAAAACACACAAUUUUUACAAUUAUUCACAGUAGUAAAAAAAACUGUGGAGAUUAAUAUUAAUAAUGCAGGAUGUUUUCCUGUAUAUUUAAAAAAAACAUUUAUGCAAAAAGUUUUCUAUUUUUCUAAAAUAAUUAUAAAAAAUGUUUGUUUUACUAAAUUAAGUGAUUUCUAUUCUUCAAGCUACAAGUAAUUUUUUUUAAAAAAGUUUAUUUUUGUAUUCAAAGAGAACGAAAACAUUGAAAUGUAUAUAGGUUAUGGCCAAAACUUGAAAUAAGCCAAUUCACGAACGCAAACUGGCUAUUAUUGCUUCACAUUGAGCUGCGAAUUUGUAAUAAAGGUUUUGACUAUUUGA